CACCCUGGAAUAGCUGUUUAUAAUUUUCAGUUGUUUGUAAAACAAUUAUUUUAUCUAAAAUGCUGAGCCAUAACAAAAUUUCUGUGCCUUUGAUCUAAGUGAAAAGAGUGAUGUAGCCUGUGCCAGCCUUAUGUUUAAUGAAACAGUGGGAAUACAAAAAAUUGGCAGGAGUUAGUUCUAUAAUAACCACAGCUGUUGUUUGUUGCUUACCCCACUCUUAAGAAUAUCACUGCAAGCUGACAGCCUGAAACAGACUACUGGUCAUUAAGAGUAAUUUUUAUUUCAAAAGGGAAGUGCUUCUUUCUUAUAGGAAAAUAGAUGUAGAUAUCCUAUAAUGCUAAUUAUAAUUGUUCUUCACUUUAUUUUGUACAUUAGGUAAUCUUUCAGUAAACAAAGAAUUUCAAAAUUAUUUACUCUUUCAGGACAAUUAGUGCCAAUUAUUUCUCUGAUAUUAUGUCGACACACUCUGAAGUGACUUAACUUCAUUCUUGAAUGCAUACAACUUGAUACCGUUUUUUUCACAGACCAUCAAUUGGUCUUCAUGGUUUAUCUUUAUUCGUGAGGGUUUAACAUCUGAUGCAAUCAUAUGUGUGUUGCUCCCUUCUGUUGCUGACUCCAGCGACACAAUUUCAUCCCUAUUUGCAACGAUAAGAUUGUGUCCAUCAUAAACAAGUCCACCAAGACAAUCGCCAGGUGAGAUUCGGUUUUCUUCUCCAUUAAGCAGAUAAUUUAUUUAUUUAUUUAUUUAUAACAACUUUAUUGUAAUAAAGUUGUUAUAAAUGUGAUUUUCUCUUGUCUCUGGAUCUGUGGUUCCCCUCCAGUGUUAAAGCUCACUUUUGCAGCUGACAAUUCGUGGUAAGUGUCGGAUUCAAAGUGAGAUUGAUGCUCAUUGCACUGUACAACAACAAAAUCCUGAGAGCAAGAAAGUAGUGGUGUUGACACCGUUUCCUCUAUUACCUCGGUCACUUCGUUUAAAAACAAAAUUUCUCCAUAUUUCAGGACUUUUAAAUUAGCCCAAUCAAUGAAGACUUCGAAAAGAUCUCCGUUAGGAACUCCGUUAAGCUCUCCAGAGAGGAGAAUAUUCCCUCCUGGAGACAAAGCUAUGGUUCCCGGAUAAACUAGCGGAAGAUCUUUAGAGUCAAUUUCAAAUUUAUCAGACAUAGAUUUGUCUUCCUCAAAAGUACAGCUUUUGAUGUUGCCUCCAUGAUUUGGGCACGAGGAGCUCAUAGCAAGGCGAUUUCCCGGUAGCCUAAGAGCAGGAAAUGGAGGACUUCAUCCGAGUCUUCGAACCUGACUACAACUCUUCCACUCUGGAGAUCCCAAACAGAUACACCAUCUUUGUAACUAAACGUUGCAUACAAAUCCAAGACUGGAUUGUAAUGAAAAACAUCAACACAUUCUGCAACAUGUUCUGGGACAUUUACUACAGACACACAGUUGUUUUGAUUAACCUUCAUCUUCCAACGGGUAUUCCAAGUGACAGUGUGAUCGCGGUAGCAUCUGAGAAGACUAGAACCAAAAUAAGGAGAAUGUGCACACAUUCCAAGCUAUUUCUUCAACUGCGGUUACUUACGCCUCCAAUUUCAUGUGUACAUCGCUCGUAUGUUAAGUGAGUAGGAAACUUUCUCUGUUGCUUUCUUUAUAGAGUCUACUUCUUUACAGGUGUUUUUGUUCAUCGGGCGCGGGAAUUUCGCGGGAAUCGUGAAAACCGGACAAACGUGAUUUAAUGGUGAAACUGCGCAUAAUCCAACUGGGCCUGAGAAGAAAGUACCGAUGAAGGCGUCCUCUGAACAGGUCCGUGUUCUAAAAAAUUCAAAGCUUAAAAUUCGUGUAGGAUCCAAGAAAAGAACUACGAUGAGUUCAGAUGUGUCUAAAGCCAGGAAUGAAGAGUUCCUUAGCGGGGUUGUGGAAGGGUUCUAUGGAAGACCGUGGACAUUUGAGCAGCGAAAAGAGUUGUUUUUGAGGAUAAAGAAGCUGGGAAUGAAUACUUACCUGUAUGCUCCCAAAGAUGACCUCAAGCACAGAGCACUAUGGAGAGACCUCUAUAGUCCAGAAGAAACCGAGAAUUUAAAACAGCUUAUUGUAUCAGCAAAGGAAUGUGGGAUAACCCUCUACUAUGCCUUGUCCCCUGGACUUGAUAUAUUAUUUUCAAGCUCAAGAGACAUACAGCUGCUCAAAAAGAAAAUGGAUCAGGUGCAGAAGCUUGGUUGUGUAGCAUUUGCUCUGUUAUUUGAUGACAUUGAUCCUCAGCUACAUGGUGCUGAUCUUGAUGCAUUCAGUUCAUUUGGAGAUGCUCAGGUGGAAAUCACAAAUAAUGUUCACAAACACUUGGGAUGCCCAAGUUUUCUCUUUUGUCCAACAGAAUAUUGUGGCACGAGAGCUAUUCCAUCUGUAGAGACAUCUGACUACCUUAUCACACUGGGAAACAAACUGAACCCUAAAAUAAACAUUAUGUGGACAGGUCCAAAGGUAGUCUCAAAGGUGAUCAGCACUCAAACUAUUGAAACACUGACAAAUGUGCUGAAGCGCAAACCUGUCAUUUGGGACAAUAUUCAUGCAAAUGACUAUGACCAGCGUCGAGUCUUCUUGGGACCUUACGAUGGAAGGCCAGUGGAGCUAAUCCCCUUACUUAAUGGAGUACUGACCAAUCCUAACUGUGAGUUUGAAAGUAAUUUUAUUGCCGUCCACACUCUUUCAUCAUGGUUAAAAGACUCCUCACUUAACACUGCUGAGGAACCUAUGAGUAUUGAUCCAAAGGCUGAGAAGUCAAGUAACUCUAGUGAACCAAUGGAGGAAGAUCUUCUUGCUAGCACAGAGAGUGAAGGAAAUGACAACACCAGUAAAGAAACUGAUCAAGGAACCACUGAAGAAAAUAGUUCUCCAGAAACAGAUAGUGAAAGUGUUAAGGUAGAGGGAGCUAUGGAAACAGAGAGUGGUACAUCACUAAGUGAAUCUAAGAGCACCACUAGUCGCAUUGCUUACAACCCUCAAUCUGCUCUACGAGAGGCUGUGUCUGCAUGGCUAGAAGAAUUCUCAAAGGUGAAAGCUGCUACAUCCAGGACCUAUGCAAAGAGUGGUGCCUACAGUAUGACACCAGAGUCCAUUGCAGUUCAGACGCAAGCUCCAAUGGUAACACAAGCUACAUCAACUACAUGUGCAACUUCUCCUGUUUCUUCACCCAUAGUGAAUGUCUCACCAAUAAAGAUUGCAAAGGAAAACAGUAGGAAAAAGCUUGGCACUUCCCCGUCCCCAGAAACAAAGGUCGAAGAAGCGGUAAAGAAGGAGCAAGAGAUGCCAAUGGAGGUGAUGGAAGUAAAAGAGAAACCUGCAAUAACACCACUGAGUGUUGAGGAUCUACUGUUGUUGGUAGAUUUAUUCUACCUGCCAUACAACCAUGGUCAGAAGGCCAUGCAGAUCAUUGCUGAUUUUAAAUGGCUAAAGUUCAAUGCCAUAAAAGAGGAUUCACAAGAGUUCAUGGAACUUACUGAGCAAGAGCAGAAAUAUAAGUUAUCAGAAUGGACUGAGAGAGCUGAAAAGUUCCAUGAAAUCUGCCGAUCAGUGGGUGAGAUGUUUGUAAGGUUAACAGAAACCUCCAACAGAGCAUUGUUGUACGACCUGUAUCCAUAUGUAUGGGAUGUUAAGGAAGUCCUGCAGUUACUUGACACAUUUGUGAACUGGUUAAGUACAAAGAAUAAGAGGAAGAAACAAAAGGGACAGAGCUUUUUUCCUGAGGACCCUGAACCAUGGGUGUUCAGAGGAGGUCUGUUUGGAGAGUUGCAGAGACUGUUACCUAUUGAUGGAGGACAUGAAGUGUUUAACUUGAGGGCUCCAGAAAUUCCAACCACAUGUAUCUACACCAUCAGACCAUAUCAAGCAGAUGAUGAGAAAUCCUUGUAUGAAAUUUGUGUGUCCACUUGUGAUGACUGGGCAGAUGGUCAUGACUUAUUUCCUGACAAACAAUUCAAUAUGGCAGGAGACAGGUUUGUAGGUCCAUAUCUGAAGAUCUGUUCUGAACAUGUGUUUGUUGUGGAAGACGGUGAUGGCAUCUGUGGUUAUGCAGUAGCAGCUCCUGAUUCCAAACAUUUUUAUGAGCAAUUCAAAAAAUACUGGCUUCCAGAGGUGUGCAAGAAAUACAAGACGCCAGCUGGGAAUUCAUCAGAAUGGACAUAUGCUGAACAGCUUGCUAAUAGCUUCCACAAUCCAAAAAUAUUCCUUCCUGAGGAUGUUUGUUUGAAGUUCAGUGCUCAUGUACAGAUCCAUCUUCUUCCAAGAGCACAGGAUCUUGGUCUCGGCAAGCGGUUGUUAGCUUGUGUUCUUUCUGCACUCAAGGCUGAAGAUUGUACUGGUGUGCACUGCGAGAUAGCAACCACAAACAACAAUGCUCUGGACUUUUACACCAAAUUAGGAUUCUAUGCUAUUCCUCUCAAGGAUCCAGCUCCACCAGACAUGCUUAUCUUUGGUAGAACAUUCUAACAAGAUUUGCUUCGUUGUUGGAUUUAUCAUUGUGAUCUUAUUCUUGUGUGGAAAAGUGAUCUUCUUUGUAUUGAUACUCAAGGGUAGUGGCUUCACAGGACUUUAAAAGACUUCUCUGUGGUUUAGUAGUAUGUCUUCAAAAAUGUAGAUGGUAUUACAAAAAGUUAAAUAGCUCAAGUUUUGGUUGUCAUAAAUUAUAAGGUUUAAAUUGGUGAAAAUAGUUUUGUGUUGUACAGUGUAUCAUAGAGAAAAAUAUCCAGUUAGAGAUUAAAAAUUGACUGGCCAGGGUUUCAGGCUGGUUAGUUAUGUUUGUGGCUUAUCUGGGAAAGAAAUUUAGAACAAAUUUCAUUUUUUUAUGCAAAAUACAAAGUAUUUAAUGAAUCAAUACAAAGUUGAAAAAUU